AUUGGAUAUUAUGGAAUAUUAAGAAAUGUAAGAAAUGAGUUUAGCGUCUCAGGCUCUCAGCAUCAAUGAGCUGAUGGGAUAAGCACAUUCGUAUACUGUAAAAGGGAAUAUGCCUGCCUGGUCGCUUACUGCUUCUGCAAUAAAAGUCUUGGCGGUUAAUAAUUUCCUGAAAUUAUCGUUUCUUCCGAUUCUGUACGGAACUCGCUCCCUUUUCCCUUCUCGUGCCGGAAGGAACUUGAGAAACCAUUUCCGUAUUCCUCUCCGGGUUCGAUCAUUUGGGUAAUUCUCAAAUUUCUUCAUUACUGUUAAAAUUGACAUCUUCUUUCUUCUUCUUCUUUCAACAUGAUAGUUGUAUUUGGAGAGACAGAGGAGCUGGGUUUUUGAAUUCCACAGGUGUAAAGUAGUGAAAAUCCAUAAGAUUGAAUAUAAACAAUUUAAUGAUAUAUUAAGAUUGUUUAUGGGCGGUGAAGAUGUAUGCUGUAGGAAGACUAGGAAGCUACAUCUCCAAAGGCGUUUAUAGUGUUUCCACCCCGUUCCACCCAUUUGGGGGCGCUGUAGAUAUUAUUGUGGUGGAGCAGCCAGAUGGUACCUUCAAGUCUUCUCCAUGGUAUGUUCGAUUUGGAAAGUUUCAGGGUGUUAUGCAGAGGAAGGAGAAAGUGGUCAAUUUAGUUGUCAAUGGCGUGGAAAUUGAUUUCCAUAUGUAUUUAGGGAGUGAUGGCCAAGCCUGCUUUCUAAGUGAGGUGGAUGUAGACGAAGGGGAUAGUCUGUCCUCUCCUCCGCCGUCUUCGGGUGAGGAUACUGGUAGCCAUUCCAAGUGUAGGAAGCCGAUGAAGUCAAAAAGUUGCGAUUUCAAAGGUGCAAAUACACGGAGUUCAGGGAUUUUAGGGUACAUGUUUGGCAAGAAAUCAUUCAAAGAAAGGGAUGUUCAGCUCGUCAGGUUGAACUCUUUGGAGCGUGCCCAAAUUGCAGCUAAUCUUUUGGAGGUGAACUGGUCUACCAAUCUAAAAAUUCCUUCUCAUGAUCUACCAAAUGAGAGUAAUGCCAAUCAUAACUCAUCAUUUGAUGACAAAGUGAACAAUAAGACAAAUUUUCCGGAUCCCUCUGUUGUCCCUGUUGAGGAAAGUGGCUCGAUUGAUCAUACAAAUAUUUACUUAUUUCAAGAAGAUAACAUGACUGAAAUGAAUUCUGUGAUUAAUUCAAACUAUUCUGGAAUCACCAUAGGCAAAGAGAUUUCCAAAACCGCUAUGACUAUUUCAAACAGAAUUGUGGACGGACAAGCGGUUCCACUGAAUGAAAAAUAUUCUCAACGUGUCUAUCUCCUUCCAUUAGAUAGCUCUUCUGAGCGAGUAGAACAACAGAGUAGUACAGUGUCAUCAGAAAGCCUGGAGGUGGAGCAUCUCAUAUUUGGUGACCUUGAUGAUUUAAGUCCUAAAAACAUAAAAACCAAUAUACUUGGUGACUCUUCUGUUGAAAAUAGAGUCAAGCUGUUAUCUGUUAAAAGCGACAUUAGUGUUCCUUUCUCAUCUAAAGCUCAAGUUGAUGAUGUUUUAAGGAUGGCCAAGUCAUUGCCUGCUAAGUGGGCCCAUGACAAUAAUUUUUGUAGUAGACCAAAUCAUCCGAGGUCAUCUGAGGUAUCACAGGAGAGUGAAAAUGGGAUGGUCAUAGAGGAAGUGGAUAUUAGGCCUUUUCAGCCAGAAACCGGUAAAAGUGAGAAGUCCCCAACAACUCCUGCCAAUGGUGGACGACGUAGAACAUGGUCUUUCCCUUUCAAGAGAUCAAGUAGCACACUUAUGAUACAACAUUCAUUGGAUGACGAUAUAUUUACCAAAUCUGAAAACCUUCCAAGAGAUGCCAGUCAUGACUGCAUGGAAGAAGAUUUACCCAAAGUGAAGAUUACUAAGAAAAAAAUAAGGGCACUCACACCAACAUCUGAACAGCUAUCAUCUUUGAAUUUAAAAGAGGGGAGGAAUAUUGUGAUAUUCACAUUCUCAACUCCUAUGCUUGGGAAACAGCAGGUUGAAGCGCAAAUCUAUUUGUGGAAAUGGGACACACGUAUUGUGAUAUCUGAUGUUGAUGGCACAAUUACCAGAUCUGAUGUUCUGGGACAGUUUAUGCCACUGGUUGGGGUAGAUUGGUCGCAGACUGGUGUUGCACAUCUUUUUUCAGCUAUUAAGGAUAAUGGAUUCCAAUUGCUUUUCCUCAGUGCCCGUUCUAUUUCUCAAGCCUAUGUAACUAGACAAUUCCUCAUCAAUCUGAUGCAGGACGGGAAGGGAUUACCCGAUGGCCCUGUUAUCAUAUCCCCUGAUGGACUUUUCCCUUCAUUAUUUCGAGAAGUGGUACGAAGAGCCCCACAUGAAUUUAAAAUUGCAUGUUUGGAGGAUAUCAAAGCAUUGUUUCCUUCUGACAUGAACCCAUUUUAUGCUGGCUUUGGGAACAGACACACUGAUGAGUUUAGCUACCUAAAGGUCGGAAUCCCAAAGGGGAAGAUUUUCAUUAUAAACCCAAAGGGUGAGAUUGUUGUGAAUAGACAUAUUACCAACACGAAAUCAUAUACUACUCUUCGUACACUUGUGAAUGGCAUGUUUCCUGUUGUUUCCUCUUCAGAGCAGGAGGAUUACAAUUCAUGGAAUUUCUGGAAGCUUCCUCUUCCUAAUAUCCAUUGAAGCUAAACUGCUAAAGCAAGUGAACUAUAUUUGCAACACAUUCUUGGGGAUUGACUAUUGAGGAUGGCACCCUACUUGGUGAGAGCGGCGUGGCAUUUUCAUCAAAAGACAGAGACAAAUGGAAAAGAGUUUUCGCUAAUAACAAAUUCACUAUCAAUGUAACCACACAGGCAGGGAUAAAGCUGGCAGAAAUUUAUAAGUGAUGAAGAGCGGGGGUUACCCGGGAUUACAAAGGUCGUUUGGUUGGGGGAACGGAAAUCGUGUUUUAGAAAUUUUCGAUUCCCUUUUCAAGUUGCCAUGAGCAUUUGUAUAUGUGGUUUUCUGAAAGAGCAGUUAUGUUAUAUAGUUAUUAAUUAUAUGGAACUGGCCCUCCAAUUCACCCAAAGGGAGAAUGGAUUGAAGAUCAAGAGUCUGGGGUUUGGGUUUAUGACUGAUUCAGUCCAGCUAGGCAAUCUUUCUUCUGUAUCAUUUUUUGUAUUUCUAGACAGGCUGCCAUUUUUUCUCCUAGGAAAAGCCAUCAUCAUCUUAUUAUAAUGUUUUCGAACAUUUGCAAAUAAAAUCUAAAGAGGUGGUGAUAUUUUAGCAAUGGAUAAGUAACUCAUUCGAGC